AGACAGGACAGCAGGUCGACCGGCUUUUUAAGCUACAGUAGCUCGAGCAACUCGAGCGUACGGAGAAAGGGAUGCCUCGCUUCGUUUCGCGUCGCCUCCUCCCUCCCGUCCGCAAUCAAGAAAGAGCAGAGCCCUAGCCACCGCUCUCCCGACGGAAGCGAGCCUCUUCCCAACCACCUGGCGGCUCCGACGUCCUCCUCCUCGUCGUUUCCUCUUCCUUCUUUCCCUCGAGGAGCCUCGAAGCCUUCGAUCUCGUAGGUGAAUGUUACUCUCGGUGGAUGACCCCUCGACUUACUUGGUCAAGUUUGGAGUUCUAUGAAAUAUAUUUUGCCACUUCCUAUCCAGAAUGCCAGGCUUACCUUUGGCAGUUCGUGAAACCACUUGCAGCCAUUCUAGGACUGCUGACCAGAUGUGCCGCCAGCAGUCUCGGGUUCGUUUGACUGCUGAAGAGCAACUUGCGGCUGAAGAAAGCCUUUCAGUUUAUUGCAAACCAGUUGAGCUUUACAAUAUUCUUCAACGCCGAGCAAUAAGAAAUCCAUCAUUUCUUCAGAGAUGCUUGCAAUACAAGAUAGAGGCAAAGCGCAAACGGAGGAUUCAAAUUGCUGUAUCGCUUUCUGGGAACAUAAAUGUUGAGGUACGACCACAAGAUUUGUUUCCUCUCUAUGUGUUAUUGGGAAGACCUGUUGGUGAUGUUACAGAGCAUCAUGCGGUAUAUCAACUCAGUCGAGCUUGUGUGAUAAGCACAUUCAAUGAAUAUGGAAAGAAAGACCAAAUAGAAGCCAAUUUUGUUAUUCCUGAAAUCAAGAAGCUGGCAUCUGAUGCACGAGUUCGAAAUCUCAACAUUAUCCUCAUCAGCAGUGGGGAACCGAAAGGUGCUUCUGGUGAAAGUCAUCUAUUGGUGGAUCAUGAGGAACUCACUUCUUUUCCAACAGAACUUGAAGGAAAUUGCCUAUGGGGGAAAAUACCAAUCAAUUCGCUUUGUUCAUCAUUGGAGAAGUGUGUUACCUUGAGUUUAGGACAUAAAGCUGAGAUGCUUUCAACUGUUAAUAUGCACCCGAGCAGUUUGGAGCCUAAAUUUUUGAACCAGAACAACUGUAUGACUUUUCGUUUUCAUAACAUGGAUUUUAUGAAUUCAUAUCAAGUGCAAGUGAGUAUAUGUGCACAAGAGAUCGGAGCAAGAGAGACGUCUCCUUAUGAUUCUUACUCUUAUGAUGAUGUUCCAACAUCAUCUUUACCCCAUAUUAUCCGAUUGAGAACAGGAAAUGUCCUCUUUAACUAUAGAUACUACAACAACACACUGCAAAAGACUGAAGUCACUGAAGACUUCUCCUGUCCAUUUUGCUUGGUGCAAUGUGCAAGCUUCAAGGGUUUAAGAUAUCACUUGACUUCUUCCCAUGACCUAUUCAAUUUUGAGUUCUGGGUAACCGAAGAGUACCAAGCUGUGAAUGUCUCUGUAAGGAUGGAUACAUGGAGAUCUGAGGUUUUAUCUGAUGGAGUUGAUCCAAGGUUGCAAACCUUUUUUUACUGCUCAAAAUUUAAGAGGCGUCGAAAAUCAAAAAAUCUGGUUCACAAUGUAAGCCAUGUGCAUCCACAUGUUUUGGAGUUAGAAUCUCCAGAAGCAGCCCAAGAAGGUUCUCAUGAAGAUUAUGCACAGAAGGAAAAUGGCACAUGUUCCUCUCACAGGCCCAUUGCCUAUCCGACAGAUGUCGCACUUAUAAAUGGUUAUAAUGAUAGUGGCUCUUAUAAAGAAGAGAAGCUUCACAAAUCAUCAUUCAGUGAAGCCCAAUUGAUAUCUGCGAGGCAUAAAUCUGAAAGCUUUGGUUCAGAGAAUCAUCAUGCUGCAGAGUGCACGGAACUUGGCUCAUCUAGCCCUGAUACCACAGGUAUUUGUGCUGCUACAGCUCAAGCUUCUAUCAGUAAUGAUUGUGCUCAACCUGGAUCUGGAAGCAAUCUAGCACCUCCAACUGUGCUGCAGUUUGCAAAGACUCGGAAACUCUCUGUUGAACGAACUGAUCCCAGAAGCCGUGCACUGCUACAAAAGCGCCAAUUCUUUCACUCUCACAGAGCUCAGCCAAUGGCGUUGGAGCAAGUAUUUUCAGAUCGGGACAGUGAAGAUGAAGUUGAUGAUGACAUUGCUGAUUUUGAAGAUCGAAGGAUGCUUGAUGAUUUUGUGGAUGUGACAAAGGAUGAGAAGCAAAUUAUGCAUCUGUGGAAUUCAUUUGUGAGGAAGCAAAGGGUUCUAGCAGAUGGUCACAUUCCUUGGGCAUGUGAGGCAUUCUCCCAGCUUCACGGACAAGACCUUGUGCGAGCUCCUGCUUUGCUGUGGUGUUGGAGGCUAUUUAUGAUUAAACUUUGGAAUCAUAGUCUCCUUGAUGCUCGGACCAUGAACAAUUGUAAUAUAAUUCUUGAAAGAUUUCAGAACCAGAGCUCAGAUCCCAAGCAAAGCUGAGAACUUGAUUCGCUCAUUAGAUUGGUCAUUCCUGCAAUUGAAGCCAACUGAUUUGCCAAUCCCAGGCCCCUACCAUUUUUUUGGGGCGGUUUUUUUUCCUAAAUUAUAAAUGUAAGCAGUGGGGUUAUCAUUGUUUUAUAGGGGGUUCAUUGUUUUCAUUUAUAGACGGUUUUAAGGAAAGGAUGGGGAGGAAGCCGCCUUCACAAGGGAUGUACUGCAGUGUAUCAUGUCAUUUUUACAUGAAUAUUGAUAUUUUUUAGAACUUAAAAAGUGAAAUAGUCAUUCAUUCUAAUACCAAGUGAUUUAACUUUAA